GUGCGUUUGGUGUAAUGCACCGUGUGUGAGCCUGUGUGCAUGGCCAUUGACAACAGCGAUAACUCUAUGUGCAAAUACACACAAAAGAACGCCCGACAUGCGCGUUAUACUGAGUAACCCCACAAUCACACGCCCUGCGAACGUCAACCAAGAUGGCGGACCGACUCGAAGAAGCACAGCUGCUACAGCUGAUGGAGAAACUGAAGACAAGUCACACGUGGAUCAAGAUCGUAGGGGAAAUAGAAGCCACGCUGGAACACCGUAUAAGUGAUUACGAGUUCGUUGUUGACAGAUGGCCGGAUUGCAGAGCAAUGGUUGUUCGGGCGAAGCCAAAUGAUAUAAAGUUGAAGUAUCUGGAGCCGAUUGUGAACCUGUACGCCACCGACCACGAUGCACUGAGGGGCCUUCUACACAACUUGGACUGGUCAAAGGGGAAACGGUUUGAAUGCGUGGCCAGUGGGCUAAUGCCGGUUUUGACAGAAGUGAUACAACUUCACCGUGUUCCCACCGGUACACACACUGACGCUGUCUACCUGAAAGUCACGCAAGAUACACUGAAACUCAGGCCCGUUCCUGAAGGCUGUACCCUCUCAAGCCUAGGGGCAGAUCGAGCAGCCCUGGUUAAUUCGGUGUGGGACUUACGCAAUGGAGAUGUAUCUGAAGCCUACAUCAAGCACUUAAUAACCUCACUUCCUUCCACCUGUCUUUACAACCAGGAGGGGGAGCUGUUGGGAUACGCCCUUACCUAUCACUACGGGUGUCUGGGGGUGCUGUACGUGCUGGAGGAGCACCGAGGGAAGGGGUACGGGAAGGUCGCCAUGUCUCAUCUCGCAUUUAAACAUCUACAGAAAAAGAAAGAGGUGUUUGUCAUGAUACAACGUGUAAACACGCCGUCUAUUAAGAUGCAUGAAGGUAUCGGAUUUGAGGUUAUUCCAGAUAUGUCAUUUGACUGGAUAUUUUGUGAUUAGUAAUGUGCAGAUCUAUGAUCUUUCAAUGUUUCUCAAACCUUACAGACUGUACGUAUGAGCAGUUAAGAUCAGGCGUAGUCAAGUAAAGACAUAUUCAAGACAUACUACAUCUACAAAACCAUAUAUCCUUUUUUAACUAUUAGCCUGGAUUUUUAAAGGAACACAUCUUGCGACAAUGUAAUUUUUGUUGAAGGCAUUUUUUAAUUGUCUGUGAACACUUAUCCAGAUGCUUUGAAUUUAACCAAGAAGCAACUGUUGACAAUAAAACUGUUUUUUACUAUCUGAUAGAUAAAGUCCUAGUAACCUCUAGCCACGUAGGCAUGUAAGGGUUGUUUCUGAAAUGUGAUGAUUAACCUUUAAGAAAAAAUAUAAAAUAGUAAUAAUAAUAAACCUGAAAAGCUAUUUCCAUGUGUGUGUUGUUCCCUUUGUCUGCAAUUCUUCUACGGUUCCACAUGCAGACAUCAAAGCUUUAUGGAUAGCUGGGGAUACCAUCACUUUGAUGUGUUAAGAUGUUUGUCAUACUCCUCACUGUCACAGUUAUUGUAGCAUAUCUUUACAAGAUAACUUGGAUCCAGACUUGGGAUCAGCAUGGCCCAACAAAAUUGUGUGGCAUACCUACCCAUUGAUGCAAGUACCCAUAUAAUGUCAUAAGACGCACAUGUUUAAUCCAGACUGCACCGAUUUUAAUGUAUGGUUUGGAAAAUGCAGCUUGAUUUUGUUACUCAAUACCAGUUUUCAUGGUCUUCAGCGAAUUUGAAAGAGAACCACUGCUUAUUAAAAUGUAUAAACGCAUUAUCAUAUCUUGGUAUAAAAUUGCAAUAAAUAUAUAAUCCCCAAAUUAACAAACAGUACCAGUUUACCCACUAUCGCCGAUAUACUCCCGCAUUAAAUAUGAUUUAAAAUGCCAUGAUGAAAAUAUUUUUGACAAUCUGCUGUUUAUGUGAACAUAGAAAUUCCUGUAAGAUGUCAAGUGAAAGAAGCUCACUUCACCAUAUACAUAUUUCCUUUAUAUGAAAUAUUUCUUAUGGCAAAUAUGUAUAAAUAAUAAAGAGGUUCAUUUGAAA